UUGAGGAGAGGAAUCCUACAGUUGCCAACGAUUCUGUCAUGCCAACUGUGCAAGGAUAUAGUCAUGUAAAGUACAUCAAUUACGAGCUUGCAAGGAGAUCCCCCUUCUUGAUAUAUACUGGCAAUAGCGUCAGACUUGAGUAUGGCCCUCGCCACCCCUACGAUCCACAACAGUUUGCACCAGUGUCGGAUCCACAUCUUUGCACCACUUCGGCACGCUCUCUGUCAUACGCGACCCGGGAUUCUCAUGCCAAUACCAAUUUCCACCAUCUGCUCCACCGUGCUCGCUGCAAUCGCGCACGAGAACGAGUCAUUUCUUACAAAUCAGACAGGUCUUUGAAGAGGAAGUGGAGGCGCCAGUUGUCCCAGGACCCGUGAGGAACAAGAAGGGGUCCCAGGCAGGCAAGGAAGGUGUGAGUUCUGUGAUGGAAAAUGAUUUAGUCCAGGUAGGCUUCGGUGCAGGGUGAGAAGAAGCGGUAGGGAAACCAGUGGGUGACACCGUAGCGCACAAGGGGAAUCACCAAGACAUUAU